AUGGCUCAGACAAAUAUUUUACAAACAUUGCCUUCAAAGCUCUUCAACAACGUGCUAGCACCACCAGACAUGACUAUGCAACAGAGCCUUAAGAAUUUUGCAGAAUGGGAAGAAGCUCAAGGCUGGUCAACUGAAAAAGACAUCACCGGCUGCAAAAGAAAGUGGGAACCGCCGCCUGAAGGUGUCUUCAAAAUUAAUGUGGAUGCUGGUUGGACGGGUUCUUCCUCCACAUGUUUUGGAAUGGUAGUCCGUGCACAUGACUCUAAGCUAAUGGUUGCAGCUUCAUUUUUUGAGCCUCACCGUAUGGACCCAACAAUUGCAGAAGCAAUGGCGCUCCGAUGGUACUUGCAGACAGCCGUGGAUAUGGAAAUUGAGGAUGCUAUCAUCGAAUCCGACUCUCAGAUUGUGAUAGGGCUGAUUGCAGACACAUCAUUAGAGGUUUUAAUUCCUUGGUGA